ACUGUCGCUGACUGUGUCUGCUGGCAUCAGACGCAACACCGCAAGGGACAUCCUAGCACCUCUGCUAGGCUGAAGACGUCCCUCAGCACUCGGCACACACGACGUGAAAAUUAAUGAUGUGAAGCAACACAGUCGACACACACAGUGCCACACGCAUCCUACCUCACUCAGAUCAUAUUCACUGACUGUCGUCUCGAAUGAUAUGUAGGGUCUGCAACAAGAAACCUGAACCUAGUUCGUGACUGUGCAAGAAAGGAGAGUUGAACGCUGCAGUGCAGUGUUGGAUUGUGUGUGAUGCAGACCCAGAGAUCUGAAAACUCCGAACAUUUUUAGGAACCAUUGCGCAUACUUACUGAACCACCUGUGAGUGUGAUUUCUCGAAACGAAAGACGUCUUCACUUCAUGGGGAUCUGCUGGUAGGACAUUUGUCGUGUUCAACUCAAAGGCACAUUUUUACAACUUGGUGCAGCCAACAUUGUAAACGGGACGAUCUGAGUCUACCGCAAGCCUUCUUGACCAGCGGUCGUCCAAAAACGAUCGUCCCGACCUGCGAUCUGCUCACGUCGUUAUACACCCUGAAUUGACAGCAUGGCAAUGGAUGGCGCGGGAGGCGCGGGUAUGUUUCGCUGGCUUCCCGAUUCUGGACCCGACCUACCCAUUCCGCACACGGGUGUUGUGGACGGGAUAUUCCGUGACACCCAGUCCAUUGAGCGCAAUCCACCAUUUACCUUACAAUACCUCCUGGCCCAGGAGCAGAAGUUGGCAGAACGAAGCGGUGGCGGCAUAUAUCGGCUUGGUAGAUGUACUCAGAUGGUAGUUGUCAGUGAUCAUGGACUGCUGAAGGAGCUACUGACCCUGCCGUACCCAUCAUCUACUGUUGUCAAGACCACCGACUUCAACAUGUCGUCUCAACAGUGGAAUGCCCGAGUUCUGGCCGAGAGCAGUCAACUACCGCCAUGCCAAUUCCUCAACGGACUACACCAUCGGGUCCUGAGGUAAGAGCUGCAGAGUGCACUGAAGCUGUCCACUGAAGCUGAACAGGACAAGAACCUGGAAGCAGCCAUGACAGCAAUACACGAGGUCUUCCAAAGCGAUCUGGCAGGUAAGCCGCUAAAGGACGUCAUAUUCACCGUCUCUGUUGGCAUCUUGAAGAAGCUCUACGUAGGGGAUGGUGCGAGUAACCUUGAUGAUGUCACAGCGGAACUGUGCGAUAAGUUUAACACAUUUCUCAGCAUCCUUCACUACCUUUCACUUCCACCGUUCAUGGUUUAUCUACAGAGUUGUUUGCUUUUUCCCUACAUAGUUAGAUUGUUAACCCUGUGAAUGGGCACGGGCGGGCUAGAGAAUUUAAUGGGCGAAGUGUAUACAUGUACAUGUGCAUGCAAAACAUUGCGCAGCAAAGAGACUGGAAUGAGUGUUGAGACUGAACCGUUGAAGGGAGAAUUUCAAAAGUGAGUUGCAGAAGUUCAUUGUACAUGUA